CGGCGGCGCGGCGGGGCGGCAUGGCGGCGCGGCGGGCGCUGGAGACCCGCCUGGUCGAGAACCAGCCGUACGACGAGAGCCUGGACCUGCCGGAGACCGAGGAAGCGGGGGAGGCGGCGGGGAGGCCGGCCGCGGCCCGGCCCCGCGGCUCCCGUCGGCCGGGGCUGCCCGGGUCUAGCGGCGGCGCGGCCGAUCGCAGCAGCGAGGAGGAGGAGGAGGAGGAGGAGGAGAAGGAGAAGGAGGGCGGCGGGGGGAAGGUAGGCGCGGGGCCGGCCCGGCGGGGCGCGGUCCCGCUCGCCCAGGAGAAGCCGGCGGCCCGCUCGGCCCCCGCCGCCGCCCUCAGCGAGGACGACGAGGACUCGGAGGACUCGGAGGACUCGGGUUCCUCGGAGAGCGACUCGGAGGACGACGACUCGGAGGAGCAGGAGGCCGCGCUGGAGGGCGACUUCAAUCUAGCCGAUUAUGACUACCUGCCGGUAUCUUCUGAAAUCAAAGAACUCUUUGAGUACAUCAAGAGGUACACUCCCAAAGCAAUAGAGAUCGAACACAAGCUGCAGCCUUUCAUUCCAGACUUUAUUCCUGCAGUGGGAGACAUCGAUGCGUUCCUGAAGGUUCCCCGCCCCGAUGGCAAGCCCGAUAACCUCGGCCUGCUGGUGCUGGACGAGCCGUCGACCAAGCAGUCGGACCCCACCGUGCUCUCUCUUUGGCUGACAGAGAACUCCAAGCAGCACAACAUCACACAGCAGAUAAAAGUGAAGAGUUUGGAGAAUGCAGAGAAGAACCCCAAAGCCAUUGGCAACUGGAUUGAAAGCAUCAGCGAGCUGCACCGCUGCAAACCUCCUGCCACGGUCCAUUACAGCAGGCCAAUGCCCGACAUCGAGACCCUGAUGCAGGAAUGGUCGCCGGAAUUUGAGGAGCUCUUGGGAAAGGUGGGCCUCCCGACGGCGGAGAUGAGCUGCGACCUGGCCGAGUACGUCGACGUGAUUUGCGCCAUUCUGGACAUCCCCGUGUACAAGAGUCGGAUCCAGCCUCUGCAUGUCCUCUUCUCCCUCUACUCGGAGUUCAAGAACUCGCAGCAUUUCAAGCCCCUGGCUGAUGGGAAGAAGGGCGGGAGCCCGCCAUCCAACCCACCUUCACAAGCGGCAGAUGCGGAAGUCUUAAGCUUUCCUUGAGGCUUCGUGCUAAGCCCUCGCCGCCUGGAUCAGCGUCUGCUGCUGGGCUGUGGGAUUUGAGCCCAGCGGCCUGCGAAGGCGCUCACGGCGCCGGAGGAGCCUCCCUGGUUUUACAGACACGGCUGCGCUGCUCUGCCUUCACGCACCAGGACUGUACUCAUCACGGUUCCUGCAGAAGCUGCCUAAUUGCUCUCUCUUUGACUUCUUCCCGAGCACUUCAGCACUAAACCAGCUCGCCCCAGUGACAGGCUCCCUGGGCCGAGCAGAGGCUCCUGCGGCACACGCUACGAGCGCCAGAGCAAGUGGAAAUAAAUCCCGUGCUCGGACACCGCU